UUUCGUUCAACAAUUGCCUUCUGCGAGAUUUAUUUUGAUCAGUUAUACUUGCAUCUUUCGAAGAAUUUUCUUAUUUAUCACAGAUAUAAAAUUGACAAUUGCUCAGCCCGGUAUCAACAUCAAAUUACACUAUACGUAAGUGAUUAUCUUUUAAAUUAUAUACAAAUUUUAGGUAUUCUUGCAUACUUUAUCGCGAAAGCUGUGCAAAUUAAGAUACCGAGGCUCAACCCCGAGGAUGCAGCUCCCAGAGACGAUGGCUGUUGCGCUGGAUGCGGUGGUCGUGCAGGCAGAUUCUCCCCAAGCCACCAUUAAAAUGCAGAUGCGCUCGCUACUGCUGCUGUGCUCCUUGGUACAUCCAUCGGAUGUCUUCUUCAGAUCCUGCAGAUGGGAAAUUCGCAAGAUGCUGGUGGGGCAAGAGGCCAUCCAACUCCUCGUAGCCAUAGAGAAGAUUUGCAAAAUUCUGCACACGACGUUUCGAGAGACGUACAAAGGUUACCGACCUGGUGACGUAAAUCUGUUUGAGCAGGUGCAUUAUAUACGCCAAGGUCUGAUGUUCAUAACCAUCGAAUACUACACGCCUAAUAAAUUCAACGUCGCGUGCGAGGCUGAGAGAAGAUAUCUGAAAAUUUUAGAAGUAAGACUCGCGGUUUGUCUUGCGAAACUCAAAUACAUCGCAAAGUCUAUAAUCUUAAAUCGGGAAAAAGUUGCACAUGAUCCUGCUGAAGCUCCGUUACCACACGCCAUGAGGACGGCCAUAUUAGAUUAUAACCGAUCUCCUCCGCAGAAGUUUUUAAUUCGCGAACACAACUCCAGCGUCCCUCUCCCAGAAUGUAUGCACAGCAUAUUCCAAGCACACGAAACGGCCGAUGAAUUUUUUAGCGCCCAGGGCGGACACGUGUGCAACUUCUGCCUGGACAGCGAUUUCCUGAAACGCGAGGACUACAAUUUCGUCUUCGUGUGCCACUGCCCGCAUCUGUACUGCCCACGGUGCUUCAGGUUCCUCAAACGGAGUUUAGACUUACGUUGCACAGUGGCGUCGUGCCGGAUGCCUUUCGUGCACUACAGCGACAGGCGUUCGUUCGAGACAUUCAAGGCGCUCAGUCGGGCGACUCCUGGAACGGUCGUCAUUAACAGCUUGAAUAGUGUACCUCUUGAACGUUCACCUUCAACUGCAUAAAUAAUUUAAAUCGUGAACGUUCAGCAUUAACUGCAUGAAUGAUGAAUAAUCUCGGUGUUGAGCAAUUAAGAUCAGUGCAGUCCCUCAGCAAGCGGCGUCGUAGGUCACUGGCAUUGAUGAAAACAUUCAUUGGAUCUUUUCUAGUAUUUGGUUCCGUAAGAAAAAAAACAUGCGAGCCUCGGUCUCCCUGGAUUACAAAUAACGAAAUACUGAAUAUUUUUUUAAGACAUUGGCAGUUAAACUGAAAAAGCAGUAGAGUUAUUGAUAUUAUUUACUACAUUUGUACAUUUGACGAAGUGUGAACUCUUGAAAAAAUUAAAUUAAAAUAGAGACAAGCUUCUGACUCAAUCAGAAGCUUUUUCAACAUUUUAUAACAUUGACCUACCUUGUGUUUUUUGCGGGUAGUUUGUUUUUUACCUUCCUGCAAUUUAUAUGUUUUUUUCUAAAUAUAAGUAAAUUAA